AUGACCUUCAACGACUUCAACGACACCGAUGCGGGCAGGGCCCUCCUCCGGCUGCUCAGUCGUGGCCAUGCAGUCGUUGCAGAGUUGCAACGCACCGCUGAAGCCGUCGAUGCCUCUGCACUGAACGAACCGCGACUCCGUUCUGUGCUUCCGGACUUUGUGGUCUUCCGCACAGAGGGUGCCAUCGAUCGUGUGGCCAACGGUCCCGAGAAGAUGGAGUUAGACGAAGAGAGCCGUGAGCUGAAUCUAGAUUCGUCAGCCAGAAUCUUUCGAGUACUAGCUGCCAUAAAGAAAUAUGCCAUAGAUCUGGCAAGAUUAAUCGAUGAUAUCGAUGCAGGGGCAUUCGUGGGUUAUAGCCUGGAAGGUAUUUUGCGAGAUGGGCAGGGUGCCUGCCUUCUCCCAGAGGCCGUUGCCUUGUUGGGCACCAUGCUCCUUGUCUCAGAUCAGCGCCUUCCGGGACAGACGCGGGAAAGGGCCUUGGUUCUCUUCUACCGAUGCACAGUGGGUACGAGCAACGAGCCAGAAGAUUUUGCUGAUGUCUGUCGACUCUUCAAAUCCACUGGUCGACCGGAGGAUUUGGCGACACGCAAGCCUGGCUAUCCUGAGAGCUAUUUCAGCCGUUUCCUCUUGCAGAAGGAGGCAAUCCGUUUGGUCAUUGGCAAGUUGCAGACUGGAGAUAUCUAUGAGGCGAGCCGUCAUUAUCCGCUGCCAGAGCAUCGUUCCCACGGAUUGUCUGCACAAGCAGGGCUUUUGUACGUUUGCCUCUUCUUCGAGGUCAAAACUCUGGAGUCUGAUUUCAUGGCAAUGCGCGAGAUCGUGGACAGAUACUUUGGCGACAGCUGGGUGGUAGCCUAUGCUUUAGGUUACACUGCUGACCUGAUGCAGAUGUGGGCCACAUAUCCCGCUGCCAAACAGGCGAUUGGCAACGCCAUCACAGGCAGCACAGUGCGGCAGCUUCAAGAGCGACAUCAGGAGCGUCUUGCCGAUGCUCAAGCGAAGUUGAAGGAGUGCUUGUUGGAGGGCGUCCUCACUGAGGAUUACGUUUCGAGCAAAACUCCUCAGCUCUUGAGCCUUUUGCGAGAGGCGAAUACAAGCAUCAGAUGGUUGCUUUUACAGCCAACCACCAACGAUCCAAAGCUGGAGGCUGUGUGUAAGAUUUCCGCAAGGAUGCGGGAAGAGGUGUUAGGAGCCUUGGUGGAUACAGCUCUGCUGGAAGACAAAGUCAAAGGCAUUUUGAUCCCUUUGGUCUCUAACCGCCAGGCGAACUGGCUUCGCCUGCAGGAGGAAGCAGCACAAGCGAUGGAUGACUUGGCUGUUUACUUCUCAGGUCAACAUGCAUUGAAGCGCAAAGUUCGCAACGAAGAGUUGGAGGAAUUCUUCCGAUCUCUUCAACAGCGCAUCGAGGAACUGAGCUUGAGCAGCCAGGAGGAUAUGGCAGCGCUUGGAAGGAAGGUGUCACAGGUAGACAAAGCCCUGGACGAGGUGGCCUUUUUUCAUGAAGUUUCGCAGCAGCCGCAAAUACUGCACUUUCUUAGUGAUGCCAGGCAGUUGCUGCAAAGAAUGCUUCGCACUGCCAACCUCAACGAGGAGAUGUUGGGAACCAUUGAGACUGUGGCGGACCUCUCAUAUGCUUGGCACGCUCUGGCUGGAUACAAAGAGGCAAUGGGGAAUUUAUUGGCUACAUCCCCGGAGAGUGUCAAGGGCCUGCGGGCGCUGUUUCUGAAGCUGGCCUCAAUCCUAGAGGUACCUUUGCGGCGCAUCAGGCAGUCUGGAAACGAGUCUCACGCCUCAUUGGUCUCCAACUACUACUCAGCUGGGCUGGUGCAAUUCAUGCGAUCGGUUUUGCAGGAUAUUCCGCGGCUGAUAUUCCAAAUUCUAGCUCAGCUAGCCACGCUCAAUGCCUCCGUGUCCCCGGUUGCGUGGCCCAGCCGUAUCUCCUUUGCAGAGUUACACAGCUAUGCCCAGAGGAGUGAGUCAGCAAGCAUUGAGGUUGGGAAACUCACACAACGCAUUGCUCUUUUGAUGCGUGGCAUUCGUGAAACGGACGUGGCCGUGCUGGGUGCCAUCUUGGUGGAGCCAAAGGAAGUUCUCGUGGAUGGCCUACGGCGCGAGCUGGCUGCAAAUAUCGAAGUGAUGCUGGCGAAGCAAAGCUUUGACCAUUUAGAGGCCUCGUUGAAAGAUCUAGCCGAUCAAAGUCGUCGGCUGCGUGGCUCCUUCGAGCACGUGCAAGAUUACUUGGGCGUAAGUGCCCAAGAGCUUUGGCGAGCGCAGUUCGGACGUGUGGUUCGUUUCUUGCUGCACAUGGAGCAACACCAGCUGUUGGGCAAACGUGGUCGUGCCAAAAGCUCCCCAGACCACGAUCCGUCACAGCCUAUCAGGUUCCCUGAUGGCAAGAGUUCUGGCGGCUCCUUCCUGUCACGCUGCAUGGCGAAGCUGCUGGAGCUUACGGAACCAAAGAGCUGUAGUGGUGGCUUCCGACAGGACUGGUGCAGUUCCGGCGGUGCACUCGAUAGCUUGGUACUACAGCAACUCAUGGAGGCGGUCGCCUCUCCUGGUAUUGCUGCUAUGUCGAAGUUGCUCGCGUUGAAAGCUGCUGGGCGAGUGCGCAAGGUUUUGCAGGGCGGUACGGCCUUGCUGGGUGAUCCAGAGCAUUCACGAGCAGUGCUCAAGGCCUCUCGUGCCCGCAGCAGCGAGGCGCUCCGUGUUUGCGCUGCCUCAUUGGCAAGCCAGGUGGGCCCCUUGGCCUCGGUGCUCAGCAGCUUGGGUCAGAUUAUGCUGCUGCAGCGGCGCCUCACAGCGUUGCUUAGGCUGCACGGAUCUUUGGAUGCUCCUUUGAUCAACAAAUCUCUGGGAGUGCUCGACGGAACGGCCUUAGUUGAGAGCCUCGAGGAGGAUGCUGAGACGGAGGUAGAUGGGGAGCUUCCAAGCUUGUGGGACUUUGUGGAUAGCAGCUCCAUCGCAAAGGAGGGUCAGCUCCGCUUUAGGCGAAAAUUGGCCAAAACAGGAGAGUUGCACGGCUUUGCUGAGCCAUUGCGGCAACUACUGCUGGUGAUCCCAGAAGAUUCCGCUCCCAAUGGUCUGGACACGCUCUUGGCUCUGGCAUUGGUGCAGUAUGUGGCGGAGAAGCAACGGCAGGCACCCUCGGCCCGGAGGACCAGCACUUGGACUGCCAAGGCACCGGCACCUACUGUCGGUACAGAGGCGCAUGUAGCCUUGAGUGCUGGCUUAGCUUCGUUUCUUCAACAGCUUCCAAGACAGCAGCUCCAUGGCACGUUCCAAGUUUGUGGCUUCUUCAUCCAGGGGCUUUGUUCUGAAGAGGCGGGAAGUGACUGA